AAUACAUUCCAUUAGAUGUCCGGUAACGAACGAUGUUUGGAAGGCUACCCCCGUACUCUGCAAGAGUUGAACCUUCAACGAAUGACUGUGAACGUGCUAGUCGUAACGUUAGUUUGUAGAUAUUAGCGAACCCCCUAGGCUGUGGAUAAACCAAUUGGGAUCGGCCUGCUGGAAGGAACUUCCGAAGAAGACGCGCGCCAACACUUCAAAAACCAAAACAAACAAAAAAACUCGCAUGCUGUUUACUAUAUCUAUCUCUGUGGAAGGCUUUGGUUUCCAUCUGAAUGUUGAAGGCUUACUCGUGUAACACCUCGUGUUGAUGGCGACCCGGGACAUGAACCGUUGUGUGCGUGUUUUACUAAACGAACCGAAUUCCGGAAGCGAGAACACCGCGAAGCUACCUCGAAGCGCGCCCGAACCUGGCCGAAGUCUCUUGAUGUGCGCAACCUCUAACAGCAACCUCAACCACGGAAGAUUCGCGAUCUCAGUCGAAAGAAAUGUACUGAAACCGCAACGCGAGCUCAAAGUGACCACCACCUCGAAAGUGCAGCAGCAGCAGUCCCAGGAUGGCGGAGUGGUUACCACCCGGACGACCGUAACCACGAAAACGGUCGGCACCGCGAAACCCAUGUCCGCGAUGGCCAAGUUCCGACAGCUCGACAAGCAGAACUCCGUCACAUCGCAAUCACCCCCAAACUCCCCUAAAACGCCAUCGACUCCAGCAACGCCCGGCGGCGGCGGCGCCAUGUUUACCUUCACUGACCCGUCACUGAACCGCCGCGCCGCGACCGCAAAGGACCAAUUACUGCAGUGGUGCCAGAGGAAGACAAAUGGAUACGAGCACGUUAAAAUAGAGAACUUUUCCACCAGCUGGUCAGAUGGAAUGGCAUUUUGUGCGCUGAUUCAUCAUUUCCUUCCAGAAGCUUUUGAUUUUACCAAAUUAACACCGCAACAACGACGUCAUAACUUCACACUCGCCUUCCGAGUGGCUGAUGAAAAAGCCGGGAUCGCGCCACUGUUGGAUGUUGAAGAUAUGGUUGUAAUGCGAAAGCCUGAUUGGAAAUGUGUAUUUACAUAUGUACAAUCAAUUUAUCGACGUUUCAAAAAUGAGCUCUAGUAAUUGCAAGAGAGUGCCACCCUUUUUAUGGAUUAGAAAACACGACAAACUCUUUAUAGCAGAUUUCAGCGUAGUUUUGAGCCAAAAAAAAAACAAACAAACAAUCGAAAAAGAACAAACCUCUCUGCAGUGGUAGUCCCUCAUGUUGUUACUAUGUUAAUUUGAGAAAAUUAUUUAUUCAAUAACCGCCGCCCCCUCCAAAACUUUAAUGUGAAAACCGUUUUUAUUUAUUUGUUUUUAAUGUUAUUAUUAUUGCUAUAUUUCCUGUCCCUCCCUUUUUUUAAACUUACAUGUUAGUAUUUUCGCUUUUGACUGUUAAUAUUUCGCAUUACUGGAUGGUUAGUUUAGUAGCGGUAGUAGUAGUAGUAGAACGAGUUAAGAGCACGCACAAAGCCACACGACGAAAGAAGAAGCUGCACCACAGUGAAGAUUCCAUCUGACUACCCCCCGACGAAUAGCAAACAGAAAAAAAAAACACGGAAGAAGCUGCCUCUUAGGGAAGUUUUGCACGAAAAAACGCACCAGCCUAGAGCGAGAGAGAGAGAUAGAGAGAGAAAGCGAGACGAAAAGAUUGUGAUUGUAAUCGUUACUAAGUUAUUAAUUACACAAAUCAAGAACACACAUUUCAGCUAAGCGCAAACGCAAACUAUUCAACAACAAAAAAAAACAUAGAAACUAAAAUAAUUCACACAAUAUCUAGUGGUUUGUUCCCUCUGUUUCGGAGACAUUUGCUUUUGUUCGCCAACCUUUACUUAUUUUUUCAUUGAGCUAGAGAAAAUACUAGAGUUUUAGGUUACUGAGAGCUGAAAUUGAAGAGAAAAACAUCAAAACAACGUAAUUUUACAUAGAAUCGUACGGAAAACGGAAUUGGGCAGCGAAAACGGAGAAAAAGGAAGAAUGAGCAGAGUACGGAGUUACUUUUAUUUUCUUCUAACACACACAUAAACAAUAACACAAUUUUUAUGACGGUGUAGGUGAGAUAUCCUAACCUUUGCUUUUUUCCUUUUUAAAACA